AUGAUGUGUACUCAGUCGAUGUUGCUCAUUGUGUUGUCGAAUGCGAAUCAAAUUGGAAUUGUCACAGAAAUCGCUCCUACAAUUGCAACACGGGCGGAACGAGAACACGGUAUGACUGCGACGCACGGUGGCGGCUGUGAAGACCACCGGCCGGACAAGGAUUCAGUGUAUACUGUAAAAACUGGAUUUAAAAACGAUGGCUAUCAACACGAUAGAGACUCUAACGACGAUAUCGUCAAACCCCCACCUCUACCUACGGAAGAUGAUUCUUACGCCUCAGGCAAAGUGAAGCUAUCCAGAAAUGAGAAAUGGAGAAUAUUAAAGAACGUAGCAGCUGUAAGUGCGGCUUUUAUGGUGCAGUUCACUGCUUUCCAAGGAACCGCCAAUCUUCAAUCAUCCAUCAACGCUGCAGACGGCCUUGGAACAGUCUCUCUUAGUUCCAUUUACGCGGCACUUGUCGUAUCUUGUAUAUUUGUUCCAACGUUCCUUAUCAAGAGGCUUACAGUAAAAUGGACCCUGUGCCUUUCCAUGCUUUGUUACGCGCCGUACAUUGGCGCUCAAUUCUUCCCAGCUUUCUACACACUUGUGCCUGCUGGAGUGAUAGUUGGCCUAGGAGCGGCCCCCAUGUGGACCUCUAAAGCUACUUAUCUGACUCAAGCUGGAAGUGUGUACGCUAAAUUAACAGAUCAAGCCGUCGAUGGAAUCAUUGUCAGAUUCUUUGGCUUCUUCUUCCUGGCAUGGCAGACUGCUGAACUAUGGGGAAAUCUUAUUUCUAGUUUAGUAUUUUCUUCAGGAGUACACAGCAGUGGAAAUACGUCCAAAGAGAAUACAAGUAAUACAUUUUUGACAUGCGGAGCGAAUUUCUGCAUGAUUGGAGGCGGCCAUCACGAUAACCAAAACCUGCACCGGCCACCGGACAGCGAGAUCUAUGAAAUCAGUGCUAUAUAUCUCGCUUGCGUUGUAGUCGCUGUUUUGAUGGUCGCGUUACUUGUUGAUCCAUUGUCUAGGUAUGGUGAGAAACAAAGGACUGCCGAUACAGCGAAGUUGUCAGGGAUCCAGCUGCUCUCGGCUACUGCAUAUCAAUUGAAGAAACCCAACCAACAACUACUCAUCCCAAUCACACUGUGGAUUGGUAUGGAGCAGGCUUUCAUAGGUGCCGAUUAUACACAAGCGUAUGUAUCUUGCGCUCUUGGAAUUCGUUCUAUCGGUUACGUAAUGAUUUGCUUCGGAGUCGUGAACGCGCUUUGUUCGCUUCUUUUUGGCACAGCCAUGAAGUAUAUCGGACGAUUCCCAAUAUUGGUAAUGGGGGCAGCUCUUCACCUUGGACUCAUCGUGUGGCUUUUGAUCUGGAGACCGAACCCUGAAACACCAUCAACGUUCUUUGUGAUAUCUGGUUUAUGGGGUGUUGGCGAUGCUGUAUGGCAAACUCAAGUUAAUGGCUUAUACGGUGUACUAUUCAGGCGUAACAAAGAAGCUGCUUUCUCUAACUACAGACUCUGGGAGAGCGCCGGUUUUGUCGUAGCUUACGCUUACUCAACUCAUCUUUGUGCCAGGAUGAAGCUAUACGUUUUAAUGGUAUCGUUGCUGCUUGGUGUGGCUGGAUAUAUCGUCGUGGAGAUUUUACAUAUUAGAAAGGCUCGUCGUAUGAAGGCAAUAGCUGAGAAUCCGGCUGCCGCUGCAGAAGCCGCUAAGCAGCCACCAGAAGAAGAUGAUGAAAAGGACGAAAUUGAUGACGACAUCAUUAUUACACAUCUU